UGUCAGCCAGGAAAGGUGCGCUCUUUUAAAGUGAGGGCGCUGUAGUCAGAGCAGCGCGGCUGGAGAUACAGGACCAGACCAGACCAGCCAGCGACACGAGCCGAGAAUUGGUCAGAUUUUUUUCAGUUUUUUCUUCAAAAAGGAGGAAGAGGAAGGAAGCGCUACAGACAUGACUCUACCAAGUGUGCGACAACUUUUUCUCCUGUGUUUGUUCGGGUUUUUUGGAUGUUGGUGCACAACAGAUGCCAGUCCCUUUCCAGACCAGUGGGAAGACGGCAUCGCGUUACGAAAGGUGCGGGGCGUUCAGAGUGACGACCUGAGUGACGUGCUGUGGAGAGACCAGGAUGACGAGCAAGUCCAGAAUGUUUUCAAAAGAUUCCUGUUUCAUUACUCAAAAGCACGCAACUCUGUUGGAGCUGUACAGCAGCAGUCUCACUCAGUUCAUCCUCUGAUGCGACUUUCACCCAAACUCUCGCAGAGGAGAAAGAAGAAGGUGCUACUUUUGAAGAUUCGAGCUCUGCCAGAGGGGCUGUUGUAAAAGAAGAGAAGAAGAAAAAACAAAGGAAACUUUACCUAAAAGAAGAAGAAGAAGAAGAAGAGCAGCUGCCUGCGCCACCUCUGGACAUCGCACUCAAAAGCUGACAGACUCAAAAUGCUUUCUACGGAAGAAAUAAAAUGCUUUAAAAGAUCUUUAAAAACAAAACAAGAGCUGCGCUGCCAUUUGCUGCCUCCACAUGUCGAUUGGUGUUAAGUGGAUGGGAUCCUGCUACUACACAAAAGCUUUACAUUCAUUCAACAGUGUCACUGAUCUCCAGUAGUAAUAAUAAUAAUAAUAAAAAAAAAAACACUUAGAGGAAAAAACUGACACUGAUUAUUGUGGCAAAGAGGUUGAACUCACAUUUAAUUCCACAGAAUCAAACGCACAUACACGUUUUGUGACAUAAUUACCAAGAAAUGUAAAAAAAGAAGAAGUUAAAACUACACUUUUUGAGGUUCAGGAGGUGUAGCUGAGGGUUUAUUGAAAUUACAAAAUAGUGACUGUUCUGCACACUUUCCCACAGAGACGCACGACGAGGUCGAAACCGCAGGCGCUCCAGUCAAACGCUCUGUCCGGGAGCCUCUGAGCAGGACUGAGCCGCUGCGUAUGAGCGCCACCUACAUGGCUGAGAUAGUAAAUGCACAUGCUGAUAAAGGAGAUAUCAUCCCCUCUCUGCUCUUUAAGUGUUUUCCAUGUAGUGGCCACGUGUUCUUUCAGGUUUGGCGUGUAUUUAUUUAUUUAUUUUUUUUUUAAUAUUUUUUUUAAUAGUCCUCAUCGUCAGAGUCACUGUCCUUCCGUGUAGGAAGCGAACUUCUGAUUGACGACAUGA